ACCGGGCACGCUAUCAGCUGAUUCGUUUGUUUACAUUCACUUUUACGCCGGCUGUGCGAGUUAAAGUGGGCGAGUAAAACCUAGUGCUUUGCAGUUUGUUGUGGUGCUUUCUAAACAUUUUUAGAUAGCGCUCGUACGAUAGUGCUGGAAAACGAUGUUGGAAAAGUCACUAAUGUUAUCGAAAUUCAGAGGAAGUCUGCUGGGCGCCCUGGUAGGCGAUUGCUGUGGUGCACCAUUCGAAGGUCAACUAAUGGACAGUGGAGCGAAGUUGAUUUUAAAGAAAAAUCUUGACAAAUUGGAAGGGCCCCCAUUUAACGCUCCGUACAAAAAGUACACGGACGAUACGGCAAUGACGAUACAAACGGCGAGAGCGCUGGUCGACCCGAACGGAUACUCGCAAAAGCUGCUGGCAAAGAACUAUGUGGUCGAAUUCUUCAAAGAACCGAACCGCGGAUACGGAGCAGCGGUGGGGGAGGUGUUUCGCAAACUACGGCAAACCAAGAUCGCCGAUCCGACGGGCCCCGCCAUGGCUCAGUUCAACGGUAGUGGCUCGUUCGGUAACGGUGCAGCCAUGCGCAUUUCCCCGGUCGCACUGUACUGCGUGAACAAGAGCAUCGACGAGCUGGUCCGGCUGGUGAAAGAAUCGUCUGAGAUAACGCACACCAACGUGCUUGGUGUGAACGGGGCGAUCCUGCAGGCGUUGGCCAUCCGGCAGAGCUUACUGUUGAAUCCGAACGAACCGUUCUGCUGGAAAGCAUUUCUUGCCGAGCUGAAGCAGCACAUGGUUGAGAUAGAAAAGGGAAACGAUCCCGACCUGGAUGCCAAUCCGAAUGCGUACGAAAAACAGCUGCAAAACAUGGAAACCCUGCUAGACCAUCGGGUGGACCCGUCGGACGAGAAUGUGCUGAACCUGUUGGGACACAGCGUGGCAGCGCUGUACUCCGUCCCCACGGCAGUGUACUGUUUCCUGCGGCACACGCAAGACCUGCUGAAGGAUACGGAUCGAAAAUCGUUCCGCAAUACGCUUGAGUAUGCUAUCUCGCUUGGUGGGGAUUGUGAUACGAUCGGUAGCAUGGCGUGCGCGAUCAGUGGCGCCUACUACGGUGAGCCUGCCAUUUCAAGCGCUUUGCUGAAGCACUGCGAAAGUGCUGACAGUGUUGCGGAGCUUGCGGAGCAACUGUUCCAGGUUGCCGGCACACAGUGACGUGUAAAGCAUCACAGUAGCCAUAGCGUGUAGUAUGUAGGUGGUGUGUGGUUCAAUAAACCGUUCCCCGACGUGGAGAAUCUUCCGUAAUGUAA